AAGAGCCGGUUUCCAGCAGCCUGUACGGCUCCAGGGCUCUGGCAGGAGGCCUCGGAGGCUCCAUCACCCACCAGUGCUUCUACUCCCCCACCCCGGCCAACAAAUACGAGCGGAAAUAUUGGUGCAAGUUAUCAGCAAACGGGGUGUGCUACACCAUCAUCUCCUCCAGCGGCUUCACCUCCAGCCACUACCGGGGCAGGGUGGCCCUGGGGGACGUCCCCCAGAACGGCACCUUCACGAUGACAAUGACAGGGCUGAGGAGCAGCGACUCGGGCACCUACAGGUGUGGCAUUGGCAGCACCAACGAGGGGCUCUACGUCAGCCUCAACCUGACCGUCCUGGCAGAUGCUGCCGUGUCCAGGCCAACCCAGCUGGUCCGAGGGGAUCUCCACGGCUCUGUCACAGUCCUGUGCCCCUCUGGGGACACCCAGGGUGACCACAAGAGGUUCUGGUGCAAAGUGGGCAGAAGGAGCUGCACUCUCAUCGCCAGCUCUGACGGCUACGUGGGCAGGAGGUACCAAGGACGGAUCGUUAUCACCCCUCAGGACAGCUCUGGAGCUUCCAAAGUCCUGAUAAACGACUUAAAGAAGGAAGAUUCGGGGCUGUAUCUGUGUGGGACACAAGGCCCGAGGGGUCAGGACAGCCUGCAGGAGGUGGUUCUGCUGGUGGCCACAGCCUCCGCCCUUCCCAGGAGACCCAAGUUCCUCAGCGGCACCAUCGGGGGCUCGCUGUCCUUCCAGUGCCACCACGACCCCAAGGGCACCUACGAGAAGAAGUACCUGUGCAGGUG